CUGACUCAGUGUAUCUUUGGUUAAUGUGUAACCAAUGCUGCUGACCAGCUGGACAUAAGUAAAGGAGCAGAGUACAGAGGACCUCAUUCUGAACCUCACUCCUUCACUGCAGACCCACAAGAGAAACAAUCAUCAAAAGGAAAAAUGCUACGAUCACAUGUGCUGGUGGCCCUGAUAUGUUGCUCAGUGGCUGGAAGCCAAGCCAACCGUGUCUACAUUCACCCCUUCCAUCUUUUUGCUGUUGAGAAUGUCAGCUGUGAGACAUUGCAGAGCUCAGCUGAUAAACCCUUUGAGACAAUCCCUGUGGGAUCCCUUGACAUCGAGGUUUUGACCCCAGACAGCAGAGACCUUUCUCUUUUGGACACACAGAAGCAGAACAUGACAGAGAGGACCGCGGUCCUGUCUGGACUACUGAACCCUCUGGGCCUGAGGAUGUACCACGCUCUCAGCAGGAAACAGAACAACACCAACACCCUUUUGUCUGCUGUCAACACUUUCGGAUCACUUGUUGCUUUCUACCUAGGAGCUUCUAAGAAGACGGCACGCUCUUAUCAGGAAUUCCUUGGCCUCAGCAGUGGUACCGACAGAGAGGACUGUGUAUCUUUAGUAGAUGGACAUAAGAUCCUCAGUACACUACAAGGCAUCAACUCUCUAGUCGACGAUGGGCCUAGAGAUGAAAUCACUACCCAGGUGUGGGCUUUUCCUCGCAGUGAUGCUCAGCUAUCCAGAGACUUUAUUCAAGGAACACAGGACUUCUCAGAUCAAUCUUUUAACCGAGGUGUGGACUUCUCAAAGCCUGAAGAGGCAGAGACCCUGGUGAACAGCUUUGUGCAGAAGACGUCAGAUGGAAAAGUGAACAAUGUCUUCAAAGGCCUGCACCAAAGCAAUAACCUUCUGUUCCUGUCAUCCUUCAGCUUUAAAGGUAACUGGUUGACAGCUUUUCAGCCAGAUAAGACCUCCAUGGAAGAGUUUCAUGUGGAUGAAACAACAAAAGUGAUGACUUCAGUGAUGACACGCACAACUCACUACCACUACCUGAACGAUAAGGUGAAUAGGUGCACUGUUGUGAAGCUGUCACUCAGUAAAAAGUCCUACAUGUUACUCAUUUUACCUCACAAAGGAAAUACCCUCGAUCAUGUAGAAUCCAAACUGCUCACCAACCUCAUGCAUGGCUGGCACAGGAACCUCCAGGAAGGUUUGUUGGAGCUGUCUCUCCCUAAAUUCUCCCUGUCUUCUGUGAUUGAUAUCCGCGACCUUCUGAUCACCAUGAAUCCGCCUCUUGAGCCCACACUGAUUGGCUCCCAGGCCGAGUUCAGCCGGAUCAGCGACAUCAAACCUUUCUCCAUAGAUAAGGCAAUCAACAAUGUGAUGUUUGAGAUGUCAGGAGAUGGAGCAGAACCUCAGGACAUGGUCCCAGAACCAGGCAUCGCUCUGAAGCUGUCCAUCAACAGGCCGUUCUUUUUUUCUGUUAUAGAGGAGUAUUAUGGAUCCAUACUGCUGCUGGGCAAGAUCAUCAACCCCACUAUUUAGAGGUGUUUAAUACUGCUGAUGCAUCUGAAAAGAAUGUUCAAACGGUAAAAAAGAGAGAUGACGCUAAAGCCAAAUAACUCUUAUAGUAUUCAACAGUGUUAUGGUUAUUAAAGGUCAGCACACACAGUUACUGGAAUCACCAGGAUUCCCUUUAUAUUAUUUAUGGAUAGAUUCUUUAGGCUGACUUCUUACUGCCGACUUGAUUAAAACCUGUUAGCCUUUGUUUUUGGAAAUAUUUACAUUUACUAUAGUUUCAAAUAAAGUAGUUAUAGUUUACUAUUUGAAGUUAAUGCCUUGAAAUAUUGUAAUUAAGAGUUUAUUUUUGUUUAUUUGUG